AUCAAUUGGUCCAUUUGUUUUGGAAUGGAAGAAGUGAAGUUGCUAGGAUUUUGGCCGAGCCCGUAUGUCUGUAGGGUGAAAUGGGCACUCCAAAUGAAAGGUGUAGAUUACGAGUACAUAGAAGAACAUCUUCCAAACAAGAGUCCCCUGCUUUUGCAGUACAACCCUGUUCACAAGAAGGUGCCUGUUCUUGUUCAUGGAGAAACUCGAUCUCCGAGUCCACUGUUAUCCUUGAAUAUAUCGAGCAGACAUGGCCGGAGAAGCCCUUGUUGCCGGGAAAUCCUUAUGAGAUGGCGGAGGCGCGGUUUUGGACUAAAUUUGCAGAUGACAAGUAAAGAAAGGGGAGGGUGGGGUGAUGCUGGGAUUACAUAUCUAUAUCUCACCCUCGAGGACAAUUUAUUCAUAAACAACUUCCAUCCGUAUGGAAAGCUGAACAGAACAGCAGGGGAAGAACUGGAGAAAGCUAUGACAGAGAGCUUGGAGAUGCUAAGGGCUGCGGAGGAAUACGGCAUCAAGGGGCGAAAAUUCUUCGGCGGAGAGGAGAUAGGAAUGGCAGACAUAGCCUUUGGAGGGAUUGCUCUGUGUUUAGAAGUGAUAGAAGAAGUUAUAGGAGUGAAGCUACUUCAAGAGCAAACAUUUCCUUGCCUGUAUGCCUGGACCAAAGUCUUCAUGGAGUUGCCCGUGAUCAAGGAGAACCUUCCCAAUAGAGACGAUCUUUUCGCCCUUCUCAAUCGCUCCAGGCAGAAAUUGCUGGCAUCUUCGUGA